AUGACGCUACUCCAUGAAUACAGAAAACUAUCCGUUGAACAAGAAGAACUACUAGCUUCAUUACGAUUAACAUCAUUUCGCUCUUCUCCAUUUGUGAUUCUUUGUGGAACAGCCUUAUCAAUGAAUUCUGGAAUGCCCAUUGCUGGUAUACAACAUCUUGUUCAACAAUAUACUACAGCUGGAGAUUCGGAUGACAAUCAAAACUUACAUUCGGCCUGGGAACUAAUCAAACCUCAUUUUCAGACUGGACCACCUCGAAUACGGUUUGAAGCAGUUUUUGAUAUUAUUCAACAGUAUAUUGAUCCUAGUUUGUCUCUACUAGAUGUUCUGAAUAGUGGCUCAACAACACCAACUAAAGUGCAUGACGCACUAGCUAUUUUAGCUCUGACCUCAACUGUUGUAACAACGAAUUUUAAUCAUCUUAUUGAAGAUGCUGGUCGAUCACGCUGCUCUUCAAAAGCUGUUCCAUUUGAUGUGCUCUAUACAGAUGAACAUUUCAAGAACGCUUGUAUUUCGAUCAAUAACACUAUAUCUCCUCCUUUGAAAGGUUUGUGGAAACUGCACGGAACGGUUGCAAAAUGGGAAAAUAACGAAUGGUCUCUUAUACGAGCAGAUGAGAUGGGUGGUCCGAUAGUAACUCUUAAACUUCUUUCAUUAACCAGAGAAUCAGAAGAGCGUCGACUGUUUUUACAUCAUUUAUUAAGGACACGACCAGUCCUAGUAGUUGGCUAUAGUGGUAAUGAUGAUUUUGAUGUAACACGUUGGUUAAGGUCGGUCGAUACACCUCAACAUAUACUUUGGGUUCAGUGGAUGGAGAACUGUGCAGAACCUCUGUUUUACAAUGGAGUGGAUGUAGCCAAUGGUAUACCAGAUGAUAUUUCAAAAUUCGACCGAGGAUUGAUUGGUCUAGUCCGUGCUUGGGCUCUCCGAGGUAUAGCUGAUCAUCUGACAAUCGCUGCAACAUCUGAUCCUAACGCUAUAUUACUCGCUGUUGCCCAAUUGUAUGGCAAAGUUCAAAUCGAGAAAGAAGCAACGACGACAGAAGGCACAGAGUUUUCAUUACCAUUACCGACGAAAUGGCAAAGUUGUAUUGUUAGUGGUGCGAUGCUCGCUCAUCUAUCGUAUUUCUCUCAUGCCAAACGCUAUUUUGACUUGGCGACUGAAACAGCUGUUGUUGGUACUCGAGAAUAUUGUAUAGCAAAAUUAGCCGGUGCUGAAGCUGCUAUUGAAAUCGGGAAUCGAGUUGACCGUAUUCAAGCAAUGUAUGAUGCGCAAGACGCUGCACAGACUGCACCUUUAAGGGAAAGUUCUUGGGCAACACGUAAGGCACAAUAUUUGAGCGCGAUUGUAAAACGUUAUGUGGAAAAGGAUGGCGCAGCUGUUGCUAUAACUCUUUUACAAACUUUGCUAGAUGGCUGCGGCCGACCAACUGACGAUCAAGAAGGACGUGAGCGUAAUUUGGCGCUUGAUGUCGCAAUGCUAUUGGCACAAUUAAGACGAUUUUUACCGAAGAGUGACGAACCGUCUGAUUUAAUCAAGGAGUGGCUCGAAGCAGUACCAAAAAUCGGCCUUCUUCAAACAAAAGGUAUGAAUCUGCACGAAGUGGCAUUGAACAAGUAUCAAAUGGCAUCAAACAUUGUUGAGCUUGAUGAUGCUCUAAACAUAAUGAAAGAAGCUGUUGAAAUACGAGAAGAACUGGGACAUAUGCGUGGUCUUGUUGCUAGUCUAAAUGUACUUGGUUCUAUGUGUAUGAGACGAGCUGACUGGCAUUUUCCAUCCAACGAGACAUACGUCAAAGAUGCUGCUGAUUGUUUUCGUCAGUCAUUAGAUUAUUCCGAUAAACAUGCUUCUGAAUUCGAUCAGUUUCAAGCACGUAUUCAUCUAGCCGUGUGUCUUAUUCGUUAUCCAUCGAGUGCAAAAACAUCUGAUGAACUUCCACAACUGUUAAAUUAUUUUCAAAGACAACGAAGUCCAGAUGAUUGCCGAACAAAAGUUGAAAGUGACUUUUGUUUGGCCAUGAGUGUGUUUGUUUGCCCUUCUGUGUCCAUAAAUGAGGCUUGUGCGCGUUGCCAAAAUAGUUUUAAUGAAAUUUUAGCGAACUAUGAGCCGAGCAACGAUGCUCGUUUAAUUCGAAUACUUGGUGCAGCUCGUUUCAAUGCAGAAUUAUGUCAAAACUGGAUGAACAGACAACCUCAUGCACCGACGUUCGAUCUAACAAAACGAAUUACAACAAGAAAUGCAUCCACAGUGGGAAAUGCUUAUUGGGAUAUGCGUAUUAAACAAGCGGAAACUCUACUUCCAGCUGAUGUAAAAGAACAUUUGCGACUUCUUUUGGACCCAAUUUCACCAUAG